AUGUCGGUAGAUGCUGAAGGACAAGGGGAAAGUUCUUCACUUGGGAGCGUUGUGAUGGUGGCUGUUGAGGUCCACAGCCGACCAAAUACUCCCGACGCUGCCAGGAUAGCCAGUUCUCAGCACGUUGGAGCCAGUGAGUCUGUCGAUACAGCACCGAAAUGUCAGAAGAUACCGCGAAGAAGCACCUCAUUCGGAAGUUCAGCGGAACUGGAAGAAGAAGAUGUUCCCGUACGGACACGACCUACGACUGUCGGAUCCCCUCAACACCACUCACCUUUCAAAUCUGGCCAUGAUACUCGAACACAACGUUCACUACAUGGGAAGCAUAAGGUACAAACCAACAAUUGGCCUGAGAGCAGUCCAAAAAGUGCUGAAGCCGCAACAUCCCCGGGACAGGACCCAUCCCAAGGCAAUGGACUCGAGGAGCAGCGCGAGGACAAGUAUCAUCAUAUAUGGCAGGACAUGCGGAAAGAGCUAUAUCAGCAGAAUCUUGUAAAGCUUAUAUCACGACAACGACCUGGAGCACUCGGUUAUAUUGACAAGAUGUCUGGAUUGGCGACGGGUAGAAAGGAGAGCCUGAUGAGUGCAAACUUCGGUUACCGGAUUCACUUUGGCGACUUGCAAAGGAUACACAUCCAGUAUCUGCACAGCAAACUCGUCAACUUGGCUGUUUCCGCACAUUUGCACGAUUCAGAGUGGAGGUCGGGAGGCAAAGCUGAGCAGAUCGGGCAAGUGAUGAAAGAAUACAUCCAAGCAGUCAAGGACCACGAGUACAUGGGAAAGUACGCCAACGCGUCCGACGACCCCUUCAUCGCCACCAGCCAACGGCUUUACGACAAGAUAUUCCUCGAGUCAGCCAUGACCGCCGAGGGCUACAAGAUGCCCGAAGACUUCCUAGCCCCACCCCCGAAGCACAAACCACGCCCGCAGCACGAAACACCCGCUCAACUAGCCAACCUUCUCACGCAACACGCAACCUCCACCGGCCCCUGGGAGCGCGACAACACCAACAAACCAGCCGCUGCACUGAUUAGCACACGGACGAGGGCCUGGAAGCGGGCGUACUGGACAAGAAUUGGUGCUGCGUUGAUCGGUGGUGCCUUCCUCAUUGCGCCCAUGUGGAUUCUUGCUCUGCAAAGGAACCUUUUUAUUCAUUUGGGUGUUGCGACGGCGUGUAUCACGGCUUUUGGUUUCUCUAUUUCGCUUUACUUGGAAGCUGUCGAUGGGGUGUUCGCGGCCACGCUAGCGUAUGCGGCAGUUAUUAUGGUGUUCGUUGGUAUUGUCAUCGAGGAAACCGGGGCAAAAGGGACGUAA